AUGUCUUUGUCGACGGUUAACGAAGCCGCAGCAGUGCAGCGAGGGAGUGAGUUAUCAGAAGCGAUUGAGUCCAGUGUCAUUGCUGAUGUAGCCGAUGCUGUUUUACACCCGCCUGCAACUGGUAAAUACAGUUACUUGAAGAACCAGAUUAUAGAGCGGUUUGGUGAAAGUGAGCAACGGAAGAUCCAGAGGCUCCUUUCUGAGAUCGAAUUAGGAGAUCGUCGACCAUCGCAGUUGUUGAAUGAGCUGAUAGCACUAGCGAAGGAUAAAGUUAGUAACGAAUUCCUGAAGUCACUUUGGCUCCAACGUCUACCUUCGCAGGUACGUGCCAUUUCACAAACAUCAAGUGUUGAUCUGGUAGAAUUAGCUAAACUGGCUGAUAGAAUUUGUGAAGCGGGCGAUUAUCAUCAAAUAGCUGCAGCGUCAUCUAGUGGAAGUAGCGUUUCGAACGAGACAGCCAUGUUGUGCCAGCGUUUGGAUCAAAUUGAGCAGCGGUUAAGCAGAUUGGAUUUUGGUGGACGCCAGCCAUCGAGAACGCAACAGCCCUCACGCAGAAAGAGCCGAACGCGAUCGCAGUCCUCAAACCACUCCGGUUGGUGCUGGUUUCAUAGUAGGUUCGGGGAGCAAGCACGCAGAUGUCGUCAGCCAUGCACGUAUAUAUCCAAUGCAAAGUCAAAAAACUAA